ACUAAUGUUGAGGUCAUAUUUAAAUGCCACAACAUGCUAGUGGGCUAAAUAUAACCCAGCUAGUAUUCCAGCAAGGGGAGAUAAAACGUAAGCCAUCUGUAGUAAACAGGACGUUUGUGGGAAAAUAUAUAAAACCAAGUAUUCUGCAGCACUAUUUGAUAUACCAUACAGUAGGCUGUUUGAUUUUAGAUUAUAAUACACAAUGUUAAGUGGGUUUUCAUACAUAUUAAUACCAUUAUUUUCCUUAUUAACACACUGUAGAAAAAAGUCCUCCCGAAGGCUGCAUAAGUGUGGUACCCGCUAGCUGUUUGUAGGCCUACAUCUGAAUGUGUGGAAAAAUGUAGUCAUACUAUUAUGUUGUAAAUCCUUAAAACUGCUGCCACCUUUAGAGGGAUAUUAUCAUUUAUUUUGCCUCUCAUAGCUUUAUUUUUGCCUAAAUAUUCUUUACUCAGCCUCUGAGGCAUAAACUCUGACAGCUGUCAGCUGCUAAAAUGCGGCAUUACUAACCCACACCCAAAUACUUAUUGCUGAUCUUGCAACAUGAUCAAUAAUCAAACUAUUUCAUGUGUGCUUACAGGUCUCGAAAAAAAAGGAAAUGGGAGAAGAAAGACAAAGGGAGAGUGAUAGUGUGCAUCUGUUCAUUUAACAUUUCAUAUCUCUCCCCCAAAUAGGCUGCAUGCCCUUGCACACACACAUUGCCAAAUAUGCAUCACUCUAACAGCCUGUCACUCAAAUCAUGAAACCCUUUUCACAUUUCCGGCUGGCGGAAACUGACAAAAAAAAAAAAGGAACAAGCCUGACAAAAGUGACACAAGCAACGCCGACAGACCACAACCUGCCCAGCCUGAGAAAGGCGAAACUACUGCAAAUUUUCACAGAAAAACAACUGGGAAACUUCUUCACCGAUCUGACAGAGGCCCAGGAGUUCCCCGAGUCUAAAUUUCUCAAAACCUUGGACCAAGGAGACUAACGACCUGUCUCCUGUAGAUCUCUCUCACUCUUGCUCCCAGCAUGGCGGCGUGGGACCUGUCAGUCACAGUGGAGGACCUGGGCCCUGAUGCGCCUCCUGUCACCCUCAGCGUGGCCUCUGACCUCCAUGUUGGAGGAGUCAUCCUCAAGCUGGUGGAAAAGACACAGAUCAAGCGUGAUUGGUCCGACCACGCGCUGUGGUGGGAGCAGAAGCAGUGCUGGCUGCUGCGGACGGCCUGGACUCUGGAGAAAUACGGCAUCCACGCCGACGCCAAGCUUUUCUUCAUGCCCCAACACAAGCCCCUGAGGCUGUGUCUGCCCAACGGCAUUACCCUGAGGCUCCGAGCCUGCUUCUCCAACCCCGUCUUCCAGACCGUCAUGGGCAUCUGCAGAAUGCUCAAUAUCCGUCACCCCGAGGAGCUUUCGCUUCUUCGGCCCGUGGAGCACAAAAAGAAGAAGAAAGAUAAGGACUCGGCUGAGGAGAUCUACGACCUGACCGAGGUGCCCCUCUCCUCCGUAUCCCGGCCAUGUCUCUAUAAUGGCAUGCCGGCUCACUUCGCUGACUCACCUCAGAUGGAGGCCAUCUACAAGAUGCUGUCAGUCACCCAGCCUCCCCCUGCCCCAGAGGUCGUGGCCAAGCAGUACCGCCCGGCCAGCGUGGUGGACAAGGCCCACAUCCACGGCAGGUGGUUGAACUCGUCCCGUUGCCUGAUGCAGCAGGGCAUCCAAGAAAAUGACAGAGUCUGGCUUCGCUUCAAAUUCUAUGCCUUCUAUGAUAUAGAACCCAAGUACGAUGUUGUGCGUCUGACCCAGCUGUAUGAGCAGGCGCGCUGGGCCAUCCUGCUGGAGGACAUCGACUGCACCGAGGAGGAGAUGAUGCUGUUUGGAGCUCUACAGUACCACAUCAGUAAGGUGUCCCAGUCGGAGCCCCAGAUGAUGAGCUCCAGCGCAGCCAUGGACGACCUGGAGUCUGCCCUGCAGUCCCUGGAGGUCAAGAUGGAGGGAGAGAGCAGCUCCGCCUCAGAGAUGCUGGACAACAUGACUGCACCAGAACUCAACGACUAUCUGAAGAUAUUCCGGCCAAAGAGGCUGACUCUGAAGGGAUACAAGCAGUACUGGUUCAAGUUCCAGGAUACCUCCAUCUCUUAUUUCAAGAGCAAAGAGGAGAGCAUUGGAGAGCCCAUUCAGCAGAUCAACCUCAAAGGAUGUGAGGUGGCUCCGGAUGUUAACGUGGCAGCACAGAAGUUUCUUAUCAGACUCCUGAUACCAGCACCUGAGGGCAUGAAUGAGGUCUAUCUGCGAUGUGAAAAUGAGCAGCAGUACGCUCAGUGGAUGGCUGCGUGUCGACUGGGCUCCAAAGGCAAGACUCUGGCCGACAGUAGCUUCCAGAGCGAGAUCCAGAGCAUCCGCUCCUUCCUGGCUAUGCAAAAGACCAACUCCGGUUCCCAUGGCAACGCACCAGCCAACGAUGAAAGCAUCAAUACUAACAGUCUAGUGUCGCCUCGCUACAAUAAGAAGUACAAAACCAAACAGCUGACCCCUAGGAUCCUGGAUGCAUACCAGAACGUGGCUCAGCUCUCACUGACAGAUGCAGUGAUGCGAUUCCUGCAGAUCUGGCAAUCCCUGCCUGACUUUGGGCUCUCAUACGUCGUCGUCAGGUUUAAGGGCAGUCGGAAAGAUGAGGUACUGGGCGUAGCUCCCAACCGUCUGAUCCGCAUUGACCUGGGGGUGGGCGACGUGGUGAAGACCUGGCGUUACAACAACAUGAAGCAGUGGAAUGUCAACUGGGACAUACGACAGGUGGCCAUAGAGUUUGAAGGCAACGUCAACAUCGCCUUUAGCUGUGUCACCGCCGACUGCAAAAUCGUUCACGAGUUCAUUGGAGGCUACAUUUUCAUGUCGACGCGCAGUCGUGAGAAGAGCAGCACGCUGAAUGAGGAGCUUUUCCACAAGCUGACAGGCGGCCACGAAGCUCUCUAAGACUAAAACGUGCAACAGAUAGAUCCUUCACAGCCCACAUCAGAUCUCCUGCGGGACAAAACCACGUGGAAUAGGAUUCUGUGUUCCACAAAAACGUCAGAACAGUACAACAAAUGGUCAAAAUAAGAUGUUUUUAGAUUUUUAUGUGUCAGUCCAUUCAAUUUUUUAUACAGCCACACACACUCACUGUCAUAAGCUGCACACAUGGAUGGAUGAUUUAACAUGUUCAGACAGUUCAAGCCUUCUGUGGUCGUCAUGCUGUCUUCCCCUUUACUUCAGAAUGGACUCCUGCUGAGCCAAACUGCUGGACAUCUAGUCCAGGAUCAGCAGGCUUGACAUCAAACAAACUCAUGGAAAUAUAAAAUCAACAGAUGUAUCGGCCAGCAGCGACUUUCCCUUUAUCGCCUCACAGUAUCCGGACGAAAGUGUUGCUUCCUCCAGAGCUUAUUGUCACAUAGACUUAAGUUUGAAAUUUAUGGCACAUUACUGCAGCAACAUUAUCACAGCCAAGAGUAGAGACAAACAAACUAGUAUGAAGUGUUUUUCCUGAUAAACCUAUGAAUAAACAAACAUUUGUUAGAAUAAACACAGCAAUUCA